AUGAGACCCGGCGCCGCCGACCUCCCCGCGCCCCUUGGAUGGAAAAACGAACGCAAAAUAAUUCAAUUUAAGUUAACUCAACUUGCAAGUCAAUUUUUCUGUGACGCUCACUUACUACAUACUAUCAUCUCCCCCAUUUCUCCCUCUCUCUCUCUCUCUCUCUUUCUAUUGCUCUCGCUCACACUCGCUGGCUGUCAAUAUAGAGUGGGACGCAAUAAUGCUGUGGACGAUGCCAUUGGACCGGCAAAUGCACGUCAUAAAAUUGUGGUCAUGGGCGCGGCCAAAGUGGGAAAAACUUCGAUAAUCACACAAUUUCUGUAUAACACAUUCACUACGAAAUAUAAACGGACCAUCGAGGAAAUGCAUCAGGGUAACUUUUCAAUUGCGGGCGUUAGCCUAACGCUGGACAUACUCGAUACGGCCGGCUCCUAUGAGUUCCCAGCAAUGCGCGCCCUAUCCAUAUCGUCGGCAGACGCUUUCAUCCUGGUCUACGAUGUCACCGAUGCGUCCACAUUCGAGGAGGUGCGGGCCAUACGAGAUCAAAUACAUGAGACAAAGGCAACCACAGCGGUGCCAAUUGUGGUCGUUGGCAAUAAGGUGGAUCUGCUGGCCGAGGACAGUGAACUGCGCGAGGUGGAAUAUGCGACAACCGAAUCGGUGGUAACUGUCGAUUGGGAGAACGGCUUUGUGGAGGCAUCGGCGGCCAACAAUGAGAACAUAACACAGGUAUUCAAGGAGCUGUUGGCCCAGGCCAAGAUUACGUACAACCUGAGUCCGGCGCUGCGUCGCCGCCGGCAGUCGUUGCCGCAACAAAUUGGCAACAAUGGGCCCGGUACACCGCUGCACCACCAGCACCACCAUCACCACCACCAUCAGCAGCAACAGCAGCAGCAGCAGCAGCAGCAUCAGGGUUCGUCGCACGGUUCCGGCUCCGGUUCGGCCUCCACAUCGUCGGGCGCCGCCGGGGGCGGGGCGCAUGGCUCCCAUACGCCAACGCCCGCUCAACUGCAGCAUCUGCAGCGCAUCCAGGAGCGCAGCCUGGGCGCCAAGCGCAACUCCUGCACCAUUUCCUAAGCCAAUCAAGGCAUUUAACUAUGUAACUGUAACUGAAACUGAAACUGAAACUAAAACUGAACAAACGGUCUCCUACAAAUGGUUUUCAAUGUUUCACAAAUAAUAAACGUUUUACAAUUUAUGGAUUUACGAUCUUAUGUACUCACGACUCAAGUGUACCUCUUGCUACUAACUUUAGUACCUAUCUAGAGCAAGUUUUUCGCUCAGUCUAAACCACACACGCUAACCUCUAUCCCUGUCUCUCUCUCUCUAUCUCUCUCU